AUGUCAGCAGGAGCUUGGUUAAGAUGGGUGUUCAUAUCGAGUACGAUAAUCGGAGGUGGUGUAUUGAUGAUGAGAGCGACUGUGCCAACAGAAGAAGAAUUCUAUAAUAAACUCUCCCCCGAGUUGAAACGAGAGAUGGAUAAGAUUAUACGUCAGAGAGAAGGUAGUCAAACGAUGAAAGAGAGGUUGAAUGAAGCAGGAGAGAAAGAUCAAAUCGUAUGGGGCGAUCAGUUAUCCAAUCGUUCAAAUACGUCGUCGGGAUUCGGUCCAGGUGGAUUCGGAGGGACGAGGAGGCUUUAA